UUAAAAGCCUGCUGUCAGGAUGAUGUCCUACAUAAAGCAACCCCAUUACACCAUGAACGGGUUAAAUUUGCCUGGCUCCGGAAUGGAUGUGCUACACACAACCAUCGCUUAUCCAUGUAAGUAUAAACUGUGCUUUGCAGCCACUCCCCGGAAGCAGCGCCGAGAGCGCACCACCUUCACCCGGACACAGCUGGACAUCCUGGAGGCGUUGUUCUCCAAGACCCGCUACCCAGACAUCUUCAUGAGGGAGGAGGUGGCCCUCAAGAUCAACCUGCCUGAGUCACGUGUGCAGGUUUGGUUUAAAAACCGCCGUGCCAAGUGUCGUCAGCAGCAGCAGCAGAGCACUGGGCAGUCUAAGCCCCGCCCUCCCAAAAAGAAGGCCUCCCCAGUGCAGGAACCCAGCGCCCCUGAUCCAGUUCCUAACCCAUCGGGCUCCUACAGCCCAUCCUCGGUCCAGUCGGGCCCCAGCCUAGUCCCGAGCUCCAGCACUGGAAACGCAGCCGUGUCCAUCUGGAGCCCGGCCAUCUCGCCCCUGCCCGACCCCCUUGCCUCCUCCUCGGCCCCCUGCAUGCAGCGGCCCUCCCCUUACCCUAUGAGCUACGGCCAGCCGUCGGCCUACAGCCAAGGCUACGCCAGCACCACCUCCUACUUCACCGGCCUUGACUGCAGCGCCUACCUGUCCCCCAUGCACUCGCAGCUGUCAGGCACCGUGGGCGCCCUCAGCCCCAUCACUGUGCCCUCGAUGGGGGGCUCCCUAAGCCAGUCCCCGGCCUCGCUGUCCUCACAGGGCUACAGCACGGCCUCCUCUCUGGGCUUCACCUCUGUUGACUGCCUGGACUACAAGGACCAGCAGGCCUGGAAACUGGGCUUCACCACAAUGGACUGCCUGGACCACAAGGACCAAAACUCCUGGAAGUUCCAGGUCCUCUAAGAAAGCAAGACAGGGUGGCGUUCAUGUGUGUGUCAACGAGUCCCAUGUGAGAUAGUGUGAAGCAGUUCUGCCAGAGGACUUGUUCUCUUUGGUUUUUCAGUUUCUUGUUUGUAAGAAUUUGUUUUAUUUUCUAAAGGGGACCGCUGUAGAAACGCAUUUUAUCUGAACGACUUUGGAGAUGAAUGGACCAGCGACUGUCAUCGAUGCUGCCAGACUGCAAAUCAGAUCUGUUGUCUUCUUCAUGUUAAGUUAAAUAAGGGAGCAAAAGCCUUUAAUCAGUUUGUAGGAAAAUACUGGAGUCGUAUGUAUGGAAACACACUGAGCCAUCUCUUCUUUUAACAUGACACACACACACACACACACACACACACACACACACACACACACACACACACACACACACAUACGGCGUACACGUGUUUCAUUUUUGUUUUAAACGUGCAUUGUCAUAGAGUGAACGGAGUGCUGCUUUGACAGGAAGGAGCUCUGGAGUCCUGUAGG